ACUCCCUGCUGCUGCUGGUGCCGAGGUUGCGUCAUCGCCGGCGGCGACGUGCCGCCGCUGCGCGCGCCAUGACGGUGUUUAGCAGGCUGGCCGGAGCGGCGCUGCAGGUGUCGCUCACGGCGCUCCUGGCGGCCGUCGUCCCGCCGUACUACGUGUACAAGCUCACCACCUACCUCCUUGGGGCCGUCUUCCCCGAGGACGUCGCCGGCAAGGUCGUCCUCAUCACCGGCGCCUCCUCCGGCAUCGGCGAGCACCUGGCCUACGAGUACGCCAAGAGGGGAGCCUACCUAGCGCUGGUGGCGAGGAGGGAGGUGAGCCUCCGCGAGGUCGGCGACAGGGCGCUGGCGCUGGGCUCGCCGGGCGUCCUCGUCUUGCCGGCCGACGUCUCCAAGCCAGAAGAGUGCGAGAAGUUCGUCGACGACACGAUCCGCUACUUCGGUCGGCUGGAUCACCUGGUGAACAACGCCUCGAUCUGGCAGGUGUGCAAGUUCGAAGAGGUGGAAGACGUGAACCACUUCAGAACACUCAUGGACAUCAACUUCUGGGGCCAUGUGUACCCGACCCGGCUCGCCAUCCCUCACCUGAAGAAGACCAACGGCCGGAUCGUCGGCGUCACCUCCAACUCGUCCUACAUAUUCAUCGGGCGGAACACCUUCUACAAUGCUAGCAAGGCGGCCGCGCUCAACUUCUACGACACCCUGCGGAUGGAGCUCGGCAGCGACAUCCGCAUCACCGAGGUGGUGCCGGGCGUGGUGGAGUCGGAGAUCACCAAGGGGAAGAUCCUCACCAAGGAGGGCGAGAUGAAGGUGGACCAGGACGAAAGAGACGCGAUCCUGGGUCCGACGCCGGCGGAGCGCGUCGGUGACUUCGCGCGGACGGUGGUGCGCGACGUGUGCCGGGGCGCGAGGUACGUGUUCGAGCCGAGGUGGUACAUGGGGGUGUACCUGCUCCGGGUCUGCCUCCCGGAGGUCCUGGCCUGGAACUCCCGCCUCCUCACCGUCCACAGGGCCGGCGCGGCCUCCACCGACACGCUGGGGAAGUGGCUCGUCGAGCUGCCCGGCGUGCGCCGCGCCGUGCAGCCACCAUCGCUCCGGUCGCCGGAGAUCAAGGACCAGUAGGUUGUUCGGUAGGGAGGCCGGAGGAGCUGGUGGUGCUCGAGCAUCCGCCCUCGCUCUGGUGUCUGG